AUGGAACCAGCGUUUGCGAGUUCAGGAAAAAAAGAAGGUAUUGAAAUAUGGAGAAUGGAGAACUUUAAACCAGUGCCAUAUCCAAAGAAUGAUUAUGGGAAAUUUUUCACCGGCGAUUCCUACAUCGUUUUAAAAACGUCCAGGAGUGUAAAGAGUUGGGAUAUUUUUUUCUGGCUUGGAGCUGAAACAACCCAGGAUGAAUCAGGAGCAGCAGCAAUUUUAUCGAUUAAAUUGGAUGAUCAGUUGGGAGGUGGUCCAAUUCAGCACCGCGAAGUCCAAGAUCACGAGUCGAACAAUUUUCUCUCGUUGUUUCCCAAUGGAGUUAGAUACCUACCUGGAGGAAUUAAUUCUGGAUUUACGCAUUUCAAGGAAGUGAAACAAGUCAGGUUGUUCCAGGUAAAAGGAUGCAGAAAUGUGAGAAUCAAGCAAGUUCCUGUAAGUGUACAAUCUAUGAACCAAGGCGAUUGCUUUAUUCUCGAUGAUGGUAGUAAGAUUAUGGUUUAUGUUGGAGUAAGGAGCAGAAUAACUGAGAAAAUUAAGGCUAUCAAUGCUGCCAACAGUAUUAGAGAUCAGGAUCAUGCUGGAAAGGCCACUGUGGAAAUAAUCGAUGAAUACAGUCCUCCAAGUGAUUUCGAUCAGUUCUUUAAAACUCUUGGGGGUGGCUCAAAAGACCAAGUUUCCGAAGAUAGCGAUGAUGACCAGGAGUUUGAGAAGAACCAAGUCAACACAGUGGCUCUUUACCGUGUUAGCGACGCGUCCGGCGACUUGGAGAUCAGCAAGGUCGGAGAGAGACCUUUGUCGCAAUCGAUGCUCGACAGUUCCGAUUGCUUCAUUUUGGACACUGGCGUCAGCAUAUUCGUGUGGAUUGGCAAACGGUGCACGGCUAAUGAGAAAAAAGAAUCGAUGGCCACUGCCGAUAAGUUCAUCAAAUCAAAGAACUACCCGAAGUGGACCAACGUGCAGAGAAUCGUGGAGGGAUGCGAGACUGGGACUUUCACGCAGUACUUCAGCUCGUGGAGGUCCAGAGAGAAGAGGUUGAUACGUAGUGAUAGCAGCGUGUCAGACGCGGACUUCGAGGCAAGGCUCAUACACGCUCAGAUUCCAGCCAGCGGAGUUCGCUUCAGAACUGAGGAGAUCUUCAAUUUCACUCAACGCGAUCUGUAUGAAGAUGACAUUAUGCUUUUGGAGCAUGGAGUUAAGCUUUUCGUUUGGAUCGGCAACGGCGCUGACGAUAAUGAAAAAGCGAAAUGCGGAAGUCUUGCCAAAGAUUAUGCUGCUAAACUAGGAAGGCGGAAUGUUACCAUAAUACAUGUGCAUCAAAGUCAAGAACCGGAGGAGUUUAAGAAGCCAUUCCCAUCUUGGAGCAAUGAUUUGUGGGGCAAAAAAAUCAACUACAGAGAUCUUGUUAAAAAUUAA